UUACCAAGAACAAAUUUCUCACGAGUCAUCAUUACAUUCAAGAGAUCCUCACAACACAGAGAAAGUCCCGUCGCAGCAACUAGACCCAUACGAAUCAUCUAAAAUCCCCAGAAUGUCGAGCCCGGAGGUUGCUAGCCCACCCCCAGAGUCGGCGGAGAUACAAUCCACGUACAACGGAGCCAUUGCCUCCCCUGCGACUGCACAGGAGGAACAAAAACCCGCGGAUCGCCCAUAUUCCAAGCGCAGACGCCUCCAAGAGCGGCAUCAGCAACUGCGAAAGCGCGGCAGAACGCCUCCAUCAAUCUAUUCCCGUCGCGACACAGACGAUUCUGCGCGGCAACGCAAUCAAAAUGAAUCCUCAAACAGGUCUCCCUCACCCCUCGGCCCUCCGCGCUCUCCUUCACCCGAAGCGCAGGCACGCAAGCGCAAGCGGCCUGGCGGUGGUGCCCGUAUGGGCUUAGUGGAUCGUGAAACUUUACGUCGGAGACAAGAAGAAAGAGAACGUGCGCAAGAAGAGGAAGCCAUGCGAUUCUCCCAGAACCGUGGUGUGACGGACAUUGUUCGUCACCACUAUAAUGCUGUGCCCCAGCGAGGAAGAGAGUGGCGGAAGACGGAGAGUAAGAUCAAAGGCCUACGAAGCUUCAACAACUGGAUUAAGAGCACUCUCAUUCAGAAAUUCUCACCGGAUGAGGAGUUCCUGUCCAGGUCGGUUGGAACCAAAGAGUGGGCAGACGACACCGCUCCGCCCCCUACGCAAGAUAGACGACUUUUGGUUGUAGACCUGGGCUGCGGCAAGGGGGGCGACUUGGGCAAAUGGCAGCUAGCACCUCAAACCGUGGACCUCUACGUUGGGCUAGACCCCGCUGAAGUCUCCAUUGUCCAAGCACGCGAGCGCUACAACGGUAUGCGAACUGGACGUGGCCCGCGGGGGCGACGUGGUCCUCUCUUCCAUGCUGAGUUCUUCCCUAAGGACUGCUUUGGAGAGUAUUUAGGGGAUGUUCCCAUCGUCCAGCAGGUUGGAAUUGACCCUAACGCCGGGCCAGGUGGCUCAGUAAUGAGCUCACGCUGGGGUGGCGGUGGUUUCGAUGUGGUAGCAUCUAUGUUCACUGUUCAUUACGCAUUUGAAAGUGAAGAGAAGGCACGACAAAUGCUGCGCAAUGUAGCUGGGUGUUUGAGGAAGGGUGGUCGAUUCUUAGGAGUCUGUCCCAACUCAGAUAUUAUCAGUGCACGUGUGGCGGAGCUGAAUCAAAAGCGCAAAGAACGCGAGGCUGUAGCGAAAAAGGAAGAGGCGGAGCCUGAGGAUGGAGAAGUCGAAGAGGAUGACAACAAGAUUGAAUGGGGAAACUCGAUCUACCGAGUCAAAUUUCCUGGUGAUACCCCUGAGGAUGGGGUCUUCCGGCCACCUUUCGGAUGGAAGUACAGUUAUUACAUGGAGGAGGCUGUGGAGGAAAUCCCAGAGUACGUUGUGCCUUGGGAAGCCUUCCGAGCAUUAACGGAGGACUACAACCUGGAGCUCCAGUACCGUAAACCGUUCCUGGAGGUCUGGGAAGACGAGAAAGACGACAAGGAAUUGGGGCCCCUGAGUGAGCGCAUGGGAGUCCGGGAUCGAAACACCGGCGCCCUGCUCAUGACCGAGGAAGAGAAGCAGGCAGCCAGCUUCUAUCACGCAUUCUGCUUCUAUAAAGUCUAGUUUAAGGCCCGGUAUUUCCACCCUCUCUUUCUGUUGUUAAUCUACUCAUAUUUAUCAUUUUGGGGAUAAUCCGGUAUCCCUGUAUGUACAUCCCUGUCAACCAAUCUAAUAGCGAUGCACCGGCAUACAUUCGCUAUGCAUCAUACAUUCUACACGAAACAUGGAUAGAAUCGAUGGAAUUUGUAACAAUAAAGUAUUG